AUGAAUAUUUUCUCACGUAUGGCGGGCGUAUUCGAUAUUGAAUUAGAUGGGAACGAACCACAUCGAUAUGGUGAUGGCGGCGUAAUGCAAGAAGAAAUGGAAGAUGAUCAAAUGUACAGUAAUGUGGCUGAUGUAGGGUGUAAUAUCCGCUCCGCCGCCAAGUUCCUCAUACAUCCGUCAACCAAGGCAGUGUUUUCGAUGUUGGGCCAAAGAUUUGAAUUGCUCAAAGUUCUAGGAAAAGGUGGAUAUGGCAAAGUAUUCCAAGUGAAGAAAACGACGGGUUCAGAUAAAGGAAAAAUUUUUGCUAUGAAAGUUUUACAAAAAGCGACAAUAGUAAGAAAUCAAAAGGAUACUGCACAUACUAAGGCUGAAAGGAACAUCUUAGAAGCCGUCAAGAGCCCAUUUAUUUGUGAUCUGCUUUACGCGUUUCAAACCGGCGGCAAAUUAUAUCUUAUUCUAGAAUAUCUUAGUGGAGGAGAACUUUUUAUGCAUUUAGAAAGAGAAGGCAUGUUUCUGGAGGACACAGCUGCAUUUUACCUCUCUGAAAUAGUUGAAUCUAAGAUGCUGUCUAGUAUAUCCGGAAUGGAACACGUGUUAUCUCCAGGUAUCAUCUAUCGGGAUCUCAAGCCGGAAAAUAUUCUUCUCGAUGCACGUGGCCAUGUGAAGCUCACGGAUUUCGGACUCUGUAAGGAGGCAAUUGAAGGCGAUCAGAAGACACAUACGUUCUGCGGAACUAUUGAGUACAUGGCACCGGAGAUUUUGAUGCGAUGUGGUCAUGGGAAAGCAGUUGAUUGGUGGAGUUUGGGAGCGCUCAUGUUCGAUAUGUUGACUGGAGGACCUCCGUUCACUGCGGAGAACAGAAAGAAAACUAUUGACAAAAUUCUUAAGGGAAGACUCACUUUACCAGCAUACCUAUCUGUAGAGGCACGUGAUCUAAUCAAAAGGUUGCUGAAGAGGCACGUUGAGACGAGGCUUGGA